AUGGAGGACGAAUUGGUCAUCGAAGAUGAAGAAGAGGCAGAACAAGAGUAUGACUGGCGCGAUGACGAAGAGCCCAUUGCAAAAUAUCGACCUGGUGGCUUUCACCCCGUCUGCCCUGGUCAACUCUACAACGACCGCUACCUCGCACGCCGCAAGCUUGGCAGCGGCGCUUAUUCGACAGUUUGGCUCGUACAGGAUAUGCAGAACCAUGAGUUUCGCGCGAUGAAGGUCCUCACGGCGGAUUCGUACGCGGAGGACGACCAGCAUAUCUUUGAGGUUGAGAUCCUCAAGCACCUCCGAACGGCCGAUCCGAAACACAAGGGCUAUUCUUACAUCAACCAUCUUCUCGACGAGUUCGAACACGAAGGGCCCAAUGGGAAGCAUGUUUGUCUGAUCUUCGAGCCAAUGGGCAUGUCGCUCCAGGGGUACGCGGAUUGUCUGGCGCGGGAAGGCCUAGGCCCCGUUCUCCCAGCCUACGCGAUCGCCUCGAUCACAAAGCAGCUGUUGUGGGCGCUGUCCUACGCACACGAAAAUGGUGUCAUCCACACAGACAUCAAGCUCGACAAUAUUUUCGUUCGAUUUUCUACCGACAUGAAGGAAGAGAUUGACAAAGACUUUCUGCCCUCAACGUACCCGCUCGUGGACUUUGUGAAGCCAUACGAACCGUACAGAGUGUUACGGUCGAUGCCGAUGUACUUGUACUGGGCCAACAACUUGGAUGAGAUGUUGGACGUUCAAAUCUGUCUGGGAGACUGGGGAGUUGCGUCUUGGAAGCACAAGCACCUGUGCGAGAGGGUCCAGCCGGAAGCGAUGCGGGCUCCUGAGGUAUUCCUCAGAUCCGACUGGGACGAAUCGGUCGACAUAUGGAGCCUAGGGCCGACCAUUCUGAGGCUUCUCAACGACGAGCCCAUGUUCAUCACAGAGGUUGCAGGCCAUGAAGGCGACCCGUCUUACUCGGAACCGUUCAUCCUCAUGCAAAUGCAGUUGCUGUUCGGGGGUGGCCACUUUCCAGCGUCGAUGCUGGAUCGCGGGAACCCUGAGUAUGUCGAAAUGGUGUUCAAUGAGAAGGGCAGAGUCAAGUUUUACGAUGACGAGGAGCCCGCAUCGUUCCGCGAGGGCCGCUGGACACAAAACAUUCCGAAAAGCUUUCGGGAGGACGUCACAAGCUGGUUCGAAUUUCUCAUGAAGCUUGACCCUCGCGAACGACCGAGCAUUCGGGAGCUUCUUGACCACCCCUGGCUGAGUACCGAGCGCGUGAAGCCAUCGAUGGAAGCUGCGACAGAUAGUGCCGAUGAAGAAGGUGGUAAAGUGUCUGUAAGUGUAAAGGCCGCCAUGGGUGAGGAGCAAGAGGCAAAAAAUGCGAGUAAUGCAAACGAAGGGCAUUUGGGUGCUGUGAAGAAGGAAGGAGAGGUCAUGGACGAGGACACUGCCAGCUCUGGUGGCCAGAUGCCGGAAAAUGCGACACAAGGCCGCCAAAGGGACAAAGAAGCACAGGCAUCAUCUCGGCCUGAAGUCGCCGCACCAAGUGGUCUCGAAGAGGCAGAUCAAGUCACGAAGGCCGAAUAG